GUUUUGUAAACAUAAAGCUAAAAAAAAAUGCGAUUUGGUCUUCUUCUUCUAUCUUCGGUAACUCCGUCUCUACGCUGCUUUCUUCCUCCGAUCGGUGGUUCGAUUCUCCAAACUGUCUACUCCUGUUGUUUCAGUUCUCGGAGAAGGUGCGUAGCCGCAGAUAUGGAGAGUGAAAAGGAAUCGAUGAACAAAGCUAAAAGACCUGUUAAUUCCAGAUUGUGCAGAGUUUCUGGUUCGAUGACGGAGGUGAUGGAAAUUCAAACUGAGAAUCCCAAAUUGCAUGUAUUGUUUAUUCCGGGAAAUCCAGGUGUUGUGUCAUUUUACAAUGACUUUUUGGAAUCUCUACACGAGUUUCUUGAUGGAAAUGCAUCUAUAACGGCUAUUGGGCAAAUAUCUCACACGAGCAAGGACUGGGAAUCUGGGAGACUAUUUUCGUUGCAAGAACAAAUCGAUCAUAAGAUUGAUUUUAUCAGACAGGAGUUGGAGAGCGUGAAAGUUCCAAUAAUACUGGUUGGGCAUUCUAUUGGGUCUUACAUAUCCCUUGAAAUAUUAAGGAAGUGCUCGGAGAAGAAUGUCACUAAAUCAUGUUGCUCUCUCAGGUCCUCUCUUCUGUCGGCUACAGCAAGUUUUCUGAUUGCAUCACUGAGAGUUUUACCUAUGUGGGCUGCACGGCGGCUUGUAUCCAACUCCCUUGGAGCCUCAUGGUCUGAUACUGCGGUUCAAGCUACUUGCACUCACUUGAGGCAGUAUCACACAAUGCGCAAUGUUCUCUUUAUGGCAAUGACAGAGUUUAGAGAGCUCGCAGCAGAGCCAGAUUGGGAUUUCAUGAGGGAAAACCAGAGCAAGCUUGCAUUUUUGUUCGGCAUUGAUGAUCAUUGGGGUCCAUUGCAACUCUUUGAAGAGGAGAGUCUCUCAAAGAAUCUCCAUUGUCCAGAUUUCAAAGCAGGCUCCUGCUACUUCCUUAUCUAUCGAGAGGGAAGGUCACACGCACGGGUUCUGCUGCACGGUGGCUGGCUCGGUGUGGGUUGCGCAGCACGUAGCCACUCUGAUCAAGAACCGGUUUUCGAUUCUCCAGUAAAUGUAAAUGAGCUGAAUAACUUGGAACAGGGAGCUCACCGACAUUUGGAUGAGAGGUUCGUGACUCGUCAGUCUUGGGAAGGGUAUAACAACAAAGGCUACACACCUCAGAGACUAGAUGUGAAAGCUCAAGUGGUUGUAGACGAUAACAGUUACAAGAUUCAGAUGGAGUCUGUAGCAGCUUCUUCGAAUCCAUCUACAAACACUCAGCUGGAAAAGUCGGAGUCUUGUACCGAGAAGAAACCAGCAAGCUUGUUGGUAGCAGGAGGAGCAGGAGCAGUUUCUGUUGUCGACGAGAAGAGACCGAGGAAGCGAGGGAGGAAGCCUGCGAAUGGAAGAGAAGAGCCACUGAACCACGUGGAAGCUGAGAGACAGAGACGCGAGAAGCUCAACCAGAGAUUCUACGCUUUACGCUCGGUGGUUCCAAACAUUUCUAAAAUGGACAAAGCCUCUCUUCUUGGAGACGCCAUCUCUUACAUCAAAGAGCUUCAAGAGAAAGUAAAGACCAUGGAAGCCGAGAGAGUCAGAACAGAGAGCAGCAGCUUACCGGAAGAAAGUCCAGAAGUUGACAUUCAAACUGUGAACAACGAAGAGGUUGUUGUAAGAGUAACCUCGCCCUUGGAUUCACAUCCAGCAUCAGGAAUCAUACAAGCUAUGAGAAACUCAGAGUCUAGUAACGGGUCGGAUACAUUGACGAAAGAGAAGCUUAUAGCUGCGGUUUACACGCAGAAGCCAUUACCGUCUUCUAGCUCACAGAAUUCGAUCCGCCUCCAGAUUUCUCCGACGAUCCCCGACGAUCUAGACGACGUCGAAGACAAUGAAGAAGACGAAUCAUGGAAGGAUCGGGGGAAGAAAGCCUCGACGCCGGAAUUCGAUCCGCCUCCGGAUUUCUCCAACAUGGGAUUCGAACAGAUCCAAGCGGAAAUGGCUAAACGGACUUUCGGACCUGUCGUCGGAUUCGUCAAGCUCCGGUUAGGCGUCCGCCGUACUAAGGAUAUGGUGGUGGAAAUUGCUAUGAAAUGGACAAAAGUUCUGAGAACAGGAUGGGUCGGAGUAAGAUUCAUGGCCGUAGAUCGAAGCACGGUGAUGUUCAAUAUGCAAAGUGGCAAGGAAGUGAAUGAGCUUAAGCGAAGGCAAAGCCCGAGCCAAGAAGAAGCUUAAGUCGCGCAUCAAGACAUGGAGGCGGUGCAAGUUGGUCAUAGGCUUGGAUACAUAAGUAUGAAGGCUGCAACAGAAUGGUGGCAUUUAGUGAGUGAUAAAGAAUAUAAUUUGAGGUGUUUUAGUGAGAAGGGGGAAAAUAAAGGAAAAAGAAGAGAGAAUAAAAAAAAGGAGAAAUAAAAACUACUCCUAUAUUUAAUUGAAGGUGGAAUUAAAUUCGUAUUCAUAUUUCUUACGUAACGCUCAUUAUUCUCAACUGCCUCAAUUACUGUUGCAUUUAUAUUUGAUUUAAAUGAUUUCAUCACUUUAAAAUCUAUUGAAGCUAUCUGAACUACCCCCUCUUCAAUUUUAAGUUUUAACCAACUUCACCCCUUGGCAUUAUGAAAAAAAUAAAAAUAAAAAGCAUAAGAUAGAUUUUCUAAAAUUACCAUUUAGAUUUUCAUUCUUUUACUUUUGCCAUAUGCAGGUCUGACAGACUGACACAACCCCCAAGUUUUUUCGUCCUCUUUGACUUAAAAUUUUUAUUUUUAUCAUUAUAGCUACAAAUUAUAGACUGAGAGUUUCUUAUGAAAAUGCAUAUUAGGGUUUUUAACAAAGGGAACCGAUUGAAAUGAUCCCAUGCAUUUCAAUUUUUCCGCUAUAGUUUUGAUUUGGAUCGCAUUUUAGUUUUUAAUAAAAAUAUAUCGUCGCCUUUGGUGUUUAUUAACUCAAAAAACACCGCUGUGGAUUUUUUUAGAAACAGAGUAAUCAAUAAACAGAUGAAACCCUUCACGUCUCCGAGGAACAAAGACAUGUUCGAGAAAGUCCAUUUCGGUUGAAAGGUUACCGGAAAUUCACCGGAGAAGCUGAAUUAUAAGAGUCUCGGAGUAACCAACAACAAACACAUGUUUCAUCAUUAGCUCUAAACAAAUUUCAUAUUUUCAUUACAAACAAAGUUAGUGCUAUUCGCGCUCCACUUCAAAGCAUCGUCUAAAAAUGGAGCGUGAUUAGCACUACUCUAAAACAACUACGAGAAGAAGCAAAGAAAAGACACGGUUGGAUCAGUUCCACCGGGACUUAUUGCGUUUAGUGGUGGCGGCGGGAGCGGUUGUAGCGGCGGAGGCGUUUUGAUGGAGGAAAUCGAGAAGGACGGUGCUUUUACAUUUUGGACAUUUUGGGUCAUCUUGAGAGAGCAUAACGUACAUAAGGCAACGAGGGCAACCCACAAGGACCAUUGAGGUUGUUAUCUCCAUCUCCUCUUGGUUCGUUUCAGAGGAAACGCAUGAGCUCGGUGAUGUUGUGUUGGAUCGGCUCGGUGAUCGAACAAGACUCAUCUGCCUGGCUUGAGAAGGAGGUGGAGAAAGAUUCAGCUUCAGCUCGAGCUUCGGCCUGUUCCCGUUCCUCCGGCUCAUCGAUCUCCCUCUCUCUCUCUCUCUUUGGAGAUUGAGAAAUAGGUUUUGGUUAUGUCUUGUUGGUUCUGGUUAGGCCAUUUUAUAAAACAAAACAUCCAUAAAGUUGUUUAGAGAGAGAGAAAGAGAGAGUGAAUUUCCAUUAAAAGCUUAAUUUAAUUACGAUAGAUAGACGGGACUAGUCUUUAACUGCUAACAAUUAAUUAUUUUUGCUUAACCGGCUGAAGAGUAUUUUCUUUUUCUUUUCUAAAUGGCAGUUAAAGUGGAAA